UAAUAUAUUCAAGAUGGGGACCCAAGUUUUGUAUCUCAAACGACAAACAUCGCAAAAAAGUUCAUUUUAGGAGUGUUUUAAGAUCAUUUACGAAUUACAACAUCAGAUAAGAAAGUUUUUUCUGCAACAAUUCAUCAAUCUAAAGCUAUGGAAAACACAAAGGACACUAAUGGUAUAGUUUGGGAGAGUUCAAUUAUGGUUAAACAGGAAUUGAGUGACGGAAUCAUAACAUUUAUGGACAUGAAAUCAGAUGAAACAUCAGCUAUUUCAAGUUCAGAAGGAGUACAAACAAAUAUAUCAACACUCUUUUCAAAUUCUGAAGAUAUAAAGCAAAAUGUAUCAACACAAUUUUCAACUGUUAAAGACAAAUACUUGGAGGAAACAAGGCCAUUUUUAGCUUUAGAAGAUAAAAAUCUUGAUAAAACAAAGCCUUUGUUUAAUUUAGAAGAGAUGAAACAAGAUAACCCAACAUUAUUUUCAUCUUCUGAAGACAUGAAACCAAAUCUAUCAACAGCAUUUUCAAUUUUUGAAGAUAAGAAACCUGAGAUAUUAACAAUUUCAUCUUUGGAGAGUGAACAACAAAAUGGUUUCAAAGCACAGCAACAACUUUCUUCCCCACCAGAUUCAACUGAUUUUAAAGAAAAUUUCGCAGUUCUGAAAUCAGAUCUUCAAAAUGAAUUAAAAGAACUCAAGUUAUUACAUACAAAAUUGAUUGAUAAUCUCCCAAAAGAAUAUCUGAUUAGCAAUAAGGGACUGAAGACAUACAAGUGUGAUAUGUGUUGUCAAAGAUUUUUCCAUUUUGAUCAUGUUAAACAACACAUAAACAUUCACACAAGGGUGAAUCCAUAUGGUCAUGAUUUUCGUCAGCAAGAAGUUGUUAUGAUCAGUCAGGGUGAACAGAUUAAAAAAACAAACCUAGAACAGGUAUACAAUAAGUCUAGUUUGUCUAAAAAGUUCACUACAGAGUCUAGUUUAUCCACACACACAAAUAUUCAUUCUGGAAUUAAGCCAUAUGAAUGCUAUGUUUGUCAUAAAAAGUUUGCAAAGAAGAGAAAUUUAUCUAGACAUAAAAUAACUAUCCAUUCUAGUCUCAAGCCACAUGAAUGCGAUGUUUGUCAUAAAAGUUUUGCCCUUAUUUCUAAUUUAUCUAGACAUAAAAAUAUUCAUUUACAUAAGAGACCAUAUGAAUGUGAUGUGUGUCUCAAAAAAUUUAAUCAUGAAGAUCAAUUAUCUAGACAUAAAAAUAUUCAUUUACCACAGAGACCAUAUGAAUGUGAUGUGUGUCACAAAAAAUUUAAUCAAAAAAGUAAUUUAUCUAGACAUAAAAAUAUUCAUUUACCAGAGAGACUAUAUGAAUGUGAUGUGUGUCAUAAAAAAUUUAAUUGUAAAGAUAAUUUAUCUACACAUAAAAAUGUUCAUUUACCAGAGAGACCAUAUGAAUGUUAUGUGUGUCACAAAAAAUUUAAUCUAAAAAGUCAUUUAUCUACACAUAAAAAUAUACAUUUACCAGAGAGACCAUAUGAAUGUUAUGUGUGUCAUAAAAAAUUUAAUUAUAAAGGUGAUUUAUCAGAGCAUAAAAAUAUUCAUUUACCAGAUAGACCAUAUGAAUGUGAUGUGUGUCACAAAAAAUUUAAUCAAAAAAGUAAUUUAUCUACACAUAAAAAUAUUCAUUUACCAGAGAGACCAUAUGAAUGUGAUGUGUGUCAUAAAAAAUUUAAUCGUAAAGGUCAUUUAUCUACACAUAAAAAUAUUCAUUUACCAGAGAGACCAUAUGAAUGUGAUGUGUGUCACAAAAAAUUUAAUUUUAAAGAUAGUUUAUCUAAGCAUAAAAAUAUUCAUUUACCAGAGAGACCAUAUGAAUUUGAUGUGUGUCACAAAAAAUUUAAUUUUAAAGAUAGUUUAUCUAAGCAUAAAAAUAUUCAUUUACCAGAGAGACCAUAUGAAUUUGACAUUUAUCACAAACGUUUCCUCUAAAUCUAGUUUAUCUAUGCACACAAAUUUUUACUCAGGACUUGAAUGUGUUGUUGGUCAUUAAAUUCUCUUUCACAAAGAUCUUUAAUUAUCUAUACGAGCCGACCCGCGGCGUAUCAUACGCCGCUAUUUAGUUGAUUUAUUUUCUACUUUCAGUAAUUCAUAAUUUGUGAAUUCGACAGUACCAAUGCUGCCACUGAAAAUAUUUGCUUUAAAACACUAACCCCCCUCCUUUCC